AUCGGAGGUCCGAUCCACUCAUCUCCCGUCUCCAGUGUCAUUUCCCGUCCCCUCACUCACUCUCAUUGCACCUGAGACUCUGAGUGAGUGCUCACUCUCACGCCGCAAGUGCCGCUCCCAUCCACACUCUCACUCACUGACCACUGCCACUGCCACACACACACACACACACACACACACACACACACACAUGUCACUCACAGUCCACACCUCUGUGACAUGACACUGAGUUCAUGCACGUCUUCCUCCCUUCCUUCUCGGGUGCUUACCUAACAAAACCUCAGACGAUGGUCGAGCACUGUCAGACUCACCACGAACUGGAGGGCACGUCAAUUGAAACGCCCCGGCCGUUUCUGAUUGUUUCUCGCGCUGAGGAGUUUGGAGGCCUGCCGUCAUUGCACAUCAUCCAACUAACCUUAUCCUGUGAUGCGACGGUUCCUCGAACACGCCUCUUUUCUUCUCUCCCUCAAAAUUGUUCAAUGCCGUCGCAUUUCACCUCAUCCGAACAGCGAGUCCGCAACGCGAGACGUAGGUGCCCUCACCAUCGGUAUCGUCCAUCUGGAUCGGCUACUCAUUCGCGUCUGAUACGACCUUGGGCAUAAAGUAACCGCCGCGAUGACCUCAGUAAGCGCCUGCACCAAACACGACCAAUUGCCAUGACGGCAUCGUUUCCUCGGCUCACUCUCAUUAAGGUAACUUCUCGUCCUCAACCUCUUCGAGUAUAUCUUUGCAGUGUCAGUGCACUUGGCUUUGGUCAUCCGAAAGCAACGACACAUGAUUAUUUUGGCCAUCUGUCCCGGGCACAAUGACGUCCAGCCAGCCGCAGCACUUUCAUCCCAUCUUCAUGACCCGAGUCAUCAUCACCCGCCCUUAUCUUUUCGUUGGUAACGUAGGGCAAAAAUAUCAUGAAGCACGGCCUAGCACAUGCUGAGAAGACCCGCGAAAUGGGUCAUAGCUGUCGGCGACCUCGGGGUCGUCAUCAACACCAAAGUUUCUGAAGCUCCUGAAAUUCCUGGAUUCUGGCCCCAGCCUCCUCAGAAACAGUUGAAUGAAAGCUGCCUAUGCUGACAGAACCCAAACUUCUCGGCAAGUGCCUUCCAAUGGUGUCGAUAAGCGCUGCACCAACCCGAGCCAGGCGCAACGCCGUUGAAAGGGUUACUGCAGACCGCCAGCGCUUAUCCGUACUUGGUUCUAUGGAAAUCGCCGCUAGAGCUGCCGGCAUCGCGCUUCCCCAUCUGGCCUAAGAAAAAAAUGUGUUGGUUCCUCAUGUCUUUCGCGUUGCGGUGGCUGGAAACCACUACCGACCGAGCUCCCAAGACGCGAAUUUCAAGGCGUCUCUAACGACUAGCGGGACACGUUCUCUGCAUGUGCCAGCUGUCCUCCGUGACGUUGCUGAUGCAUGCAGGGCAAUGGGCUAGUCACUUCACCACGAGCUGUCAGAGUCGGCCACCGAAACUUGCAUUGGCAGGAAGCAGCGCCUUCGUUGAGGGAUUCAAUCCAUCUCUUGUGUUUCUGGUGAACAACGAAUCAGCCUACAUGUUCGCCAUAUUCCAGAGCAGUUUGAAGUGUUUUAGAGUAUCCCGCAGCAUCAGCAUUGAUAAUUAUUGGCCCUGGUCGACGACCUACUUCAUGGCCGUACCCAGUAGUGAUGUUUGACGUUAUCUAGACAUCAAUCCUAGCUCGCAGUGUUGGUCACAUUAUCAGGCUACCAGUCAGCUGUCGCGACAUCGUCGCCAGGGCCACGGUAAAUGGGAUUACAGGCACUGCCAGAACCUCUC